CAUCUGAUAAAUGUGACAUUUCUACAUAUUUUCGCGUUCUGCAUGUGUUUUUAUUAUUAAAAUUGCUGUUUUUUUGGUUACUAAAAUAAUCAAUAACACGUGGUUUUUUGUAUUUUUAUAAUAAAUACAAAUUUUCGCAACUUUGCAUCAGCAAAAACAAGAUGGUAGUCUUUACUUGUGGCCACUGCGGGGAGUCUGUCAACAAACCAAAAGUUGAGAAGCAUUAUUUGACCAAAUGUAGGAAUCGCAGCCCUAACCUAUCCUGUAUGGACUGUUUCAAGGACUUCUUGGGCAAUGAAUAUGAAUCUCAUACUAAGUGCAUAACUGAAGAAGAGCGUUACUCCGGAAAAGGUUUUCAAGCUAAAGAGAAGAAGGGUGAGAAGAAACAAAGUGCAUGGGUUGAGAUGCUGCAAGAUGUCCUUGAUGAGCAGAAGGAUGCCUCCAAAAACGUACUUAGAAUCAUAGAAACAAUAAGCAAACACAAUAACACACCUAGGAAGAAGCCAAAAUUCAUUAACUUUGUAAAAAAUGUUUGCGGACAUAAAACUAAUCCUAAAGAUAUCGACCAAGCCUGGGAUUUAAUAUCUGUGAAACUAGCUGCUCUGUCCAAUAAUAAUAAUAAACAAAAUGGUACUGAAGCCAAACAAAAUGGUGAUGCUACAAAUGGAAAUUCUGAUGAGAAGGAAGAAAUAACAAAUGGAGAUACAAAAUUAGAUAAAACUGCCAAAGAAGUACAAAGCACAAAUGAGGAUGAGAAAGUUAAUGGUGAUGCGGAAGAGACUAAACCUGAGAAGCUCACAAAGAAGCAACGAAAGGAGGAAAAGAAACGAAAGAAGUAUGAAGCUGAAUUACAGAGUGCAGCUGAAGUCCAAGAAGAGAAUGUGGAGGAAACUAAGGUGGAGGAAGUAGGGAAGAAAGGUAAGAAGAACAGAAACAAAUCAGAAUCUAACUCCAAUGAAGAAGUAGUUGAAACCGAAGGUGGGAAAGGUAAAAAUAAGAAGCGCAAACGUCAGGAUACAGUGCAAUCGAAUGUUGAAGUGAAUGAUAAGAUUGCCAAUAUUGAGAAUGAACCUGUCAAGCCUAAGGAGACAAAGAAGAAACCAAAAACAGACGAGGAAAUUGAGGCCGAAGCUCUCUGUCUUCAUGACCAGAAUGUGGCUAAUGGAGAAGCCGCAGAGAAGAAUGGCAAAUUUAAUUGGCACUCUGUAAUCAUAUCAGUUUUGCAGAAGAAAGGGAAUGAACUGCCCUUCAAGAGGUUGCAAAAGAAAGUUCUUUCGGAGUAUUCGGAAUAUACUGGUGAUGAAGUAGAUGAUAGAAUCGCUGAUAAAUUCAUUAAAAAGCUAAAGAGUGCCCCCAAUGUCAGAGUGGACAAGAAUAGGGUACUCCUUCUAGAAGACUAAGUGUAGAUUUUUCCAUUUUUACUAUUAUAUUAUUAUAAUACAUGUUUUAUGGACUGAAAUUUAAGUAUUGUAAUAAAUACUCUUUCUGUAACUGCCAAAA